CUCUAGGCUUUCUUCCUUCCUUUUUUCACCGUUGCACUACUGUAUUUCUUCAACAACUCUUCUUGAUUUCCAUGAAUUCUGCUUCCUUCAUUUCUUAACUCUUAACAAAAGAAAAAAAAAAUAACCCUAAACUCCCUCACACCUUAUACACAAAAUGGGUUCCAUUGUUCUGCCUCAGGCAUUAGUUGUGGUUCCAAGAAACCCCACAAGAUGUAUUCCACAGAAGCUAGCAUUUUCGGCAUGCCUCUCUCGAAAGCCUUCUCAGUUGAAUGUAUUUUCACACAAUUCACUGGGGCUAAGUUCAAAGUGGGAAAUUUGCUCUUUUGUUGUUAGAGCUGAAGCUAAAGCUGAAGGGGAACCGGGAGCUGUUGAGGCUGAGGUCCCAGCAGAAACAGAAAAUGAAACUGAGGUUGAAGCUGAAGCUGCAGUUGCAACUGAGGAAAGGCCACCAUUUAAGCCGAGAACUAAGCUCGGAGAUAUAAUGGGGAUAUUGAACAAGCAAGCAAUUGAGGCAUCAGGUACUGUGAGGCCUACACCAGAUAUUAGGACUGGUGAUGUUGUUGAGAUCAAAUUGGAAGUCCCAGAGAAUAGGAAGAGGUUGUCUAUUUAUAAAGGUAUAGUCAUUUCAAAACAAAAUGCUGGUAUCCACACGACAAUUCGCAUUCGGAGGAUUAUUGCUGGCAUUGGAGUUGAAAUAGUUUUCCCAGUGUAUUCACCAAAUAUCAAGGAGCUCAAAGUAGUUAAGCACCGAAAAGUCAGGCGGGCCAGAUUGUACUAUUUGCGUGACAAGCUCCCAAGGCUCUCCACUUUUAAAUGAGACCCCUAUAUAGUUGGCCUCUUUGUACUAUCCUUUACAAUGAUAGUUUUUGUUCCUUUUCCUUUGGCAAUUGAAAGUCUUUGAAGUGUAAUAAUUUGCUUGAGACAUUGCUGAAUAGGUUGUUAUUCAUUCUUUUGUGUAGUCAUUGGAGUGUGCUGUUUAGAUACUGCUUACUUUCCCUCAUAAUGCACAUGAGGAAGUACACAACUACUUGGUGAUUUCUUUCUAU